AUGGAUACCAACUCGUCGUCAGAGGCCAGCGGCACCUAUCCAGAGGAGAAGUUACAGGAAAAGAUUCGUCGGUUAUGUGAAGCGCCCCAGAACGGUCGGCUGAAGAGGGUUUUUAUAGAAAACGUCUGGCCAGAAUUGGAAGAGACCUAUAGUAUGAUGGCUAGAGCCCUAGUCGAUUACUGGAAGCGCCGACUCGUUAUAUAUAGGAUCCCAGCCAUGGUCGAGGGGCGACAAAAGUCCGCCGAAUCCAUUAGGAAAUCCAUGGACCGCCGGGAACAGGCCCGGAUCAACCAGAGAUCAGCGGGGCCGUACAAAAGCCUCGAGGAGAUAUUCUACGACGUCCAUGACCUCGCAGGCAUUCGAAUUGUCGUGGAUUUUACACCGCACGUCGAGGAGGUUGUCAAGCGCAUCAAGCAAAGCUUUAAGCCAACAAAAGCCCCCAGCAUCUGGCCCCCUGGUCGCCCAGUCGGGCAACUCUGGAGCGCCUUGUUUGGAGCCUAUCAAGGCUCUAAUCAUCCCGUGAAGCUCGACUCUGAUAUAGACGAGACUCUACAACGAUACAGCGACGUCACAGUAGAGAUUCAGGUCACGUCCCUAGCGGAGAGCCUGUACAACCGUCUGGCUCAUCCUUUGCUGUAUAAGAAAGUUUCAGGGACCCUUUCGCGUAAAGAAGAGAUGGUGAUCGACCUAUCACAUGGGCUGUCUCUAUGCUACUCUAUCUGCCUUCUCCUCAUGCAAGACAAGCUAGAGCAACCGCCGCAGAGCGCGGAGCAACCAGCAAUGCUGUGGGGUGCCAUCAGAGGGGCUGCAAUCACACCUGGAGAGGGGGAGCAGGACAAACACCUUGCUGCGUUGGCGGAUCAGAUGCCUGGCCCGGUACCUCACGAUUCAAGCCACCAAAUAGCAAAUGAGGGUGGGUCUCAGCCCUCCGCUAACCCGGUCCUCCCUGUGGCUACGUGCUUGAACAUGCUCCAUCAUGCAAGGGCAAAGGAACCAUCGCCAGAUCAGCUUUGGGAAUGGAUGACUAUCAGCUUGAAAAAUGCAGUUCAGGAGGCUGCGAAGCCCCCAAUACUGCUUCCGACCUGGGAAGAGGCUCGUUUUGAUAGUGAAGACGUUCAGAGCCGCUCAAAAUGCUACGAAGGUACCCAGAAUGAUGCAAGAUCUCGCAUAAAGGCGUGGGUAAAGGAUUCUCAGGCACCGACCCUGUUUUGGUUGCAUGCUCCUGUCGGUACAGGCAAAUCGACAUUGGCACGGACGAUUAUCGAUGAUCUUUCCAAGGACGGGAACCUCGCCGCUGGCUAUUUCUUUAGACGUGGAGAUGUGGAUCGAAACAACAUAUCUCGAAUCUUCCCUACCAUCGCCAUUCAGCUCCUGGAAACUCUGCCUGCCUUUGAACCAUUGCUUCGGAAGUCUACGAAUGCCCAUUCUAGCGAAGCCAUCCUGAGCACGUCUCUGGAAAAUCAAUUCGAGAUGCUCCUCAAAACACCACUGUCGGGAAUGCCUCCAGUCAGUCAAGAUAAACCAGCCAUGGCUAUCAUCAUUGACGGGUUGGACGAAUCUAAUCGGAACAAGAGCCCGAGCCGGCUUCUCCGACUUCUCCGCCUACUCGCAUCUCUGGAGGCCAUGGAAUGUCUACGGCUCUGUGUGCUCAUUACUAGCAGAAAAUCACAUGCGAUCCCCGAUGCCUUUGAGAAUCUCGAAAAAGAGGGCCAAUCCUACUGUGAGCUUGCGCUAGAUGAGGAGUAUAAGAUUCAGAUGACGGCCGACAUACGGCAGUACCUGAAAAGCGAAUUCAGAGCAAUCAAGCAGAGAAAAGGAAUACAGGUCGACCCUUGGCCAACACUAAAGGAUUUCGACCUCCUUGUCUCCGAGGCUACCACACCUUCACCUCUAUUCAUCUACGCCUCGAUCCUCAUUGGCUUCGUUGAUCAAACGAAGCUAGGAUGCGAACCUACUGCUCAGCUACAGAAUUGGGUAGAUGGGUGCUAUCGAAAAGAAUCUCGACUGGAUGAAAUGUAUACCCAGAUCCUCAGCGACAUUACAGAAUGCGACCAUGAAGCCGAAUCAAAGUUGCUAGACAUCGUGGGCUCUAUCGCCUCACUCGAGAGGCCAUUAUCUAUGAAAGCACUCGCGGCACUUCUUGAUAUUUCCGAAGGCGUAAUGAACGAGUUGCUGAAAAGUCUUCAGGCGGUUCUAUACCUCCCGGGUGACAAGGAAGAACCUGUCAGAUUGGCUCACGAUUCUUUCAGGAGCUUCCUAUUCCGGACUCAGCUGCCGGGAAAGACUUCUUCUUUUCGUAUCAGCAAGCCAGAGGCACAUCGCACAUUGGCAACUAAAUGUCGAAAGCGAAUGGUACGGCUUCAGGGAGGGCUUCGAAAGGACCUCUGCGGCUUCUCCAACUUGGGCCAUUGA